UCCCAUCUCAGAUGGCGCUGUAAAUCAAAACAGGUAGAAACAAAUAACAGAUCACUGAAAUGCCACUGUCAUUAUUCGGAAAUAAGUUUUCUCCCAAGAAGACUCCCCCAAGACGAGCACAUUCUCUCUCCAAUCUCCAUCUCGAUGCCACUCAGACUCGGGAGGAAUUCGGUCCCGAGGUCGGACCAGUCAAGCUAAAACUGGGAGGAAGCGAGAUUCAGUUUGAAAAUGGAAUGUGGAUGGCAGAGAGUGGUCCAGGGGGAGCUAGCCAUAAAGAAGUCAUGAAACUGCGCAAACAAAAUCAACUUCUGUCAGAGGAAAACAACCUUCUUAAGCUAAAAAUAGAUGUUCUCCUUGACAUGGUAAGUUGCUUUCGAUUUAUAUACUCAUAUUGUGUCGAGAACUUUAAAAUCAUGCUUAUAAUAAGAAAUAUUAAUCAAAACCUGUAGUUAUAUAUUUACCUUCAAUAAAAGCGCACAUAAAAUACUAAAUUAUUAAAUGAAUUAUUUUUUGUUUAUGUUUUACGGUUAGCAGAAGCUACAGCAGUGUCACAUUAUCAUGAGAACGAAUUAAAGCAACUCAAAGGUCAAGUCAGUAGGAAGAAAUAGCCAUCUUGCUGCAGUCAUAUAUUUCCUGUGAUAAAACAUAGUCAUUGAAUGCAUGUACUCUCAUCAACUCAUGUGUAAAUGUGUUGUACUGUGAAUGUGAUUGGUGUACAUU